GGUCGGCGGCCUCAGUGGCGGAGCGCGGCUGCCGGUGCGCGGCCGGGAGCGAUCGCCGCAGGGCAGGGGCGCGGUGGGCACCGCGCAGAGCGCGCAGAACAGACGGACGGCAGCGGGGACCCGACGGCGGCGCCUCCGCACUCCCCAAACUCCGGCCAGCGCCCCUCGGUCAGCCGAGAGCACCCAGCCCCGGCUCACCCCGGGCUCCCGAUGGCCCCCGAGGCCAGGGCGACCCUGCGCGCGCCGCGCCGGCUGCCCUGGGCUGCGCUGCUGCUCCUGGCCGCGCUGCUCCCCGUCGCCUCCUCGGCGGGGGCCCCAGUUGACCACCCACUGAAGCCAAGGCACGUGAAACUGCUGUCCACUAAAAUGGGCCUGAAAGUCACGUGGGACCCACCCAAAGAUGCUACCAGUAGACCUGUGGAGCAUUACAACAUUGCCUAUGGGAAGUCACUGAAAAGUCUUAAAUACAUCAAGGUGAAUGCGGAGACAUACUCCUUCCUUAUUGAGGAUGUGGAGCCGGGGGUAGUGUACUUUGUGCUGCUUACUGCAGAAAACCACAGUGGAGUGAGCCGUCCUGUUUACAGAGCUGAAAGCCCACCUGGAGGUGAAUGGAUCGAGAUUGAUGGUUUUCCCAUUAAGGGUCCAGGACCAUUUAAUGAAACCGUCACAGAAAAGGAAGUGCCCAACAAGCCCUUGCGUGUGCGUGUCCGGUCCUCAGAUGACAGGCUGUCCAUUGCAUGGAAGGCACCACGCCUGUCUGGAGCCAAGAGUCCACGCAGAUCACGGGGUUUUCUCCUGGGCUACGGGGAGAGUGGCCGGAAGAUGAAUUAUGUUCCACUGACGAGAGAUGAGCGGACACACGAAAUUAAAAAGCUAGCCUCAGAGUCCGUGUAUGUCGUCUCCCUGCAGUCCAUGAACUCCCAGGGCCGGAGCCAACCAGUCUACAGGGCUGCCCUAACAAAGCGAAAGAUCUCAGAAGAGGACGAAUUGGAUGUACCUGAUGACAUAAGCGUCCGAGUUAUGUCAUCUCAGUCUGUGCUUGUGUCCUGGGUGGAUCCUGUUCUGGAAAAACAGAAGAAAGUUGUUGCAUCAAGACAGUACACCGUGCGCUAUCGAGAGAAGGGGGAGUUGGCCAGGUGGGAUUAUAAGCAGAUCGCUAACAGGCGUGUGCUGAUUGAGAACCUGAUUCCAGACACCGUGUAUGAAUUUGCAGUCCGUAUUUCACAGGGUGAAAGAGAUGGCAAAUGGAGUACGUCAGUCUUCCAAAGAACACCAGAAUCUGCUCCUACCACAGCUCCUGAAAACUUGAACGUCUGGCCUGUCAAUGGCAAACCUACGGUUGUCGCUGUAUCUUGGGAUGCGCUACCAGAGACUGAGGGGAAAGUGAAAGAAUACAUUCUUUCAUACGCCCCGGCUCUCAAACCAUUUGGAGCAAAGUCCCUCACCUAUCGUGGAGACACUACUUCUGCCCUGGUGGAUGGUCUGCAGCCUGGGGAACGCUAUCUUUUCAAGAUCCGGGCUGCAAACAGGAGAGGCCUGGGACCUCACUCCAAAGCCUUCGUUGUCGCUGUGCCAACAACCAGUAAGGCGGAGGUUCAGCAGAAGACGGAGGACAAUGAGAAACCCGAAAAACCUGAGCGUUCCUCACCCGCUCCAGCUUCCUCCCAGCACCCCUCUGUGCCUGCUUCUCCCCAAGGGAGAAAUGCCAAGGACCUUCUUCUUGACUUGAAGAACAAAAUAUUGGCGAAUGGUGGGGUGCCCCGAAAACCCCAGCUUCGUGCUAAGAAGGCAGAGGAGCUGGAUCUUCAGUCGACGGAAGUCACCGGGAAGGAGGAGUUGGGUUCCCGGGAGGACUCACCCAGGUCUCCCUCGGACACCCAAGACCAGAAACGGACCCUGAGGCCACCAAGUAGACACGGCCACGCGGUCGUGGCUCCCGGCAGGACUGCAGUGAGGGUCCGGAUGCCAGCGCUGCCCCGAAGGGAAGGUGUAGAUAAGCCUGGCUUUUCUCCGGCCUCCCACCCCCGCCCGGGGGCGUCCCCCUCGGCUUCGGCCUCUCCUGCUCACCACGCGGCCACCCAGGGCACCUCUCACCGGCCUUCCCUGCCUGCCAGCUUUCAUGACAACGACUUGGUGGACUCAGACGAAGACGAGCGCGCUGUGGGCUCCCCCCACCCCAAGGGCGCCUUCGCCCAGCCCCGGCCAGCCCUGUCCCCCAGCCGCCAGUCCCCCUCCAGCGUUCUGCGCGACAGAAGCUCCGUGCACCCCGGUGCAAAGCCAGCCUCGCCCGCGCGGAGGACCCCCCAUUCAGGGGCUGCAGAGGAAGAUUCCAGUGCCUCAGUCCCACCGUCAAGACUUUCUCCAUCCCAUGGGGGAUCAUCUCGGCUGCUGCCCACCCAGCCACACCGGGGUCCUCCGCUCUCCAGGGGCGGGAAUGAUGGUGAGGACGCCCCAGCCACCAACUCCAACGCUCCAUCGCGGUCCACCAUAUCCUCCUCCGUCUCUUCUCGUCUCUCGUCCAGGACGCAGGUCUCUGCGGGAGCGGAGGCUUCUGAUGGCGAAGGCGACGGUAACGGCGAUAGGGAAGACGGCAGGAGGCAGGCGGAGGCCACGGCCCCGACGCUGCGGGCCCGGCCUGCCUCUGGACACUUCCAUUUGCUCAGACACAAGCCCUUUGCUGCCAACGGGAGGUCUCCAAGCAGGUUCGGCAUUGGGCGGGGACCUCGGCUGCAGCCCUCCAGUUCACCACAGUCCACUGUGCCCUCCCGAGCCCACCCCAGGGUUCACUCUCACCCGGAUUCCCACCCUAGGCUUAGCUCAGGUAUCCAUGGAGACGAGGAGGAUGAGAAGCCGCUUCCUGCCACCGUUGUCAACGACCACGUGCCUUCCUCCUCCAGGCAGCCUGUCUCCCGGGGCUGGGAAGCCCUAAGGAGAAGCCCCCAGAGAGGGGCCAGCCUGCAUCGGAAGGAACCCAUCCCAGAGAACCCCAAAUCCGCAGGGGCAGAUGCACAUCCUCAGGGCAAAUACUCCUCCCUGUCCUCCAAGGCUCAGGACGUUCAACAAAGCACAGACGCGGACACGGAGGGUCAUUCUCCCAAAGCGCAGCCGGGGUCCACGGACCGCCACGCGUUCCCUCCUCGUCCUCCCGCAGCACGGUCACAGCACCAUCCCGGGCCCAGUGUUCCCAGAAGGAUGACACCCGGCCGGGCUCCAGAACAGCAACCACCUUCUCCCGUCUCCACGUCCCAGCACCAGCCGGGCCCCCAGAGCAGAGACGCGGGGCGGUCACCUUCCCCGCCCAGGCUCGCACUGGCCCCGGCCAGGGGGCCCCGCCCCACGUCCCAGGGCCGCUCCCACUUCUCCUCCGACGCUUACACGGCGAGCUCCCGAGGGAUUCUCCCCACAGCCCUCCAGAACCAGGACGAGGUUGCCCAGGGUAGCUACGACGAAGACAGCGCAGAAGUCGAGGCCCAGGAUGUGCGGGCCCCAGCGCACGCUGCGCGAGCCAAGGACGCAGCCGCGUCCCUUCCCAAGCGCCAGCAGGUGGAGUCUCCGACAGGCGCAGGGGCAGGUGGCGACGACAGGUCCCAGCGCGGACAUGCGGGCUCCCUCGCCAGGCCCAGCCGACCCGGUGGCCCUCAGUCCCGCGCCCGGGUCCCCAGCAGGGCAGCGCCCUACUCGGGGCAGAAGGAGGAGGGCGCGAUCCAGGCCACACCCGGGAAGUCAGAGCCUCCUUCCAAGAGGCCCCUGUCCUCCAAGUCCCAGCAGUCGGUCUCGGCCGAGGACGAGGAGGAGGAGGACGCGGGGUUUUUUAAAGGCGGGAAGGAAGACCUUCUGUCUUCCUCUGUGCCAAAGUGGCCCUCUUCCUCCACUCCCAGGGGCGGCAAAGACGCCGACGGUAGCCUCGCCAAGGACGAGAGGGAGACUGCCAUCGCGCUUGCCCCUCGCGGAGGGAGCCUGGCUCCUGCGAAGCGACCUCUCCCCCAACCUCCAGGCAACUCCCCCAGGGCCUCCCACCUCCCUUCCCUACCGCCGCCUCGCAGCGCUGCCACCGCGAGCCCCGUCGCGGGCACCCACCCCUGGCCCAGGUACACCACGCGCGCCCCGCCCGGCCACUCCACCACUCCGAUGCUGUCCUUGCGCCAGAGGAUGAUGCAUGCCAGAUUCCGUAACCCUCUCUCCCGACAGCCUGCCAGACCCUCUUACAGACAAGGUUAUAAUGGCAGACCAAAUGUAGAAGGGAGAGUCCUUCCUGGUAGUAAUGGAAAACCGAAUGGACAGAGAAUUAUCAAUGGCCCUCAAGGAACAAAGUGGGUUGUGGACCUUGAUCGUGGGUUAGUAUUGAAUGCAGAAGGAAGGCACCUCCAAGAUUCACAUGGAAAUCCUCUUCGGAUUAAACUAGGAGGAGAUGGUCGAACCAUUGUGGAUCUGGAAGGGACCCCCGUGGUGAGUCCUGACGGCCUCCCACUCUUUGGGCAGGGGCGACAUGGCACACCUCUUGCCAGUGCCCAAGAUAAGCCAAUUUUGAGUCUUGGAGGAAAGCCACUGGUGGGCUUGGAGGUCAUCAAAACAACCACUCAUCCCCCUACCACUACCACGUGGCCUACCACUACGACAACGCCCCUGCCUACCACUACAACCCAGCGGCCCACCACUGCCACCACCCGCCGCACAACCAUCACCCGUCGCACGACCACCAGGCGCCCAACAACCACAGUCCGAACCACUACGCGGACAACCACCACCACCACCCCCAAACCCACCACUCCCAUCCCCACCUGUCCCCCUGGGACCUUGGAACGGCACGACAAUGAUGGUAACCUGAUAAUGAGCUCCAAUGGGGUCCCAGAGUGCUACACUGAAGAAGAUGAGUUCUCAGGCUUGGAGACCGACACUGCAGUACCCACGGAAGAGGCCUACGUUAUAUAUGAUGAAGAUUAUGAAUUUGAGACCUCAAGGCCACCAACCACCACCCAGCCUUCCACCACUGCUACCACACCGGGGGUCAUCGCAGAAGAAGGUGCCAUCAGUUCCUUUCCUGAAGAAGAAUUUGAUCUGGCUGGAAGGAAACGAUUUGUUGCUCCUUACGUGACAUACCUAAAUAAAGACCCAUCAGCCCCGUGCUCUCUGACUGAUGCACUGGAUCACUUCCAAGUGGACAGCCUGGAUGAAAUCAUCCCCAAUGACCUGAGGAGGAGUGACCUGCCUCCCCAGCAUUCUCCCCGCAACAUCACCGUGGUGGCCGUGGAAGGCUGCCACUCAUUUGUCAUUGUGGAUUGGGACAAAGCCACCCCAGGAGAUGUGGUCACAGGUUACUUGGUUUACAGUGCAUCCUAUGAAGACUUCAUCAGGAACAAGUGGUCCACUCAAGCUUCAUCAGUAACUCACUUGCCCAUUGAAAACCUAAAACCCAACACGAGGUAUUAUUUUAAAGUGCAAGCACAAAAUCCUCAUGGCUACGGACCUAUCAGCCCUUCGGUCUCAUUUGUCACCGAAUCAGAUAAUCCUCUGCUUGUUGUGAGGCCCCCAGGUGGUGAGCCUAUAUGGAUCCCAUUCGCUUUCAAACACGAUCCCGGCUACACGGACUGCCAUGGGCGGCAAUAUGUGAAGCGGACGUGGUAUCGAAAGUUCGUGGGAGUUGUUCUUUGUAAUUCACUGAGGUAUAAAAUCUUCCUCAGUGACAACCUGAAAGAUACAUUCUACAGCAUUGGAGACAGCUGGGGAAGAGGUGAAGACCAUUGCCAAUUUGUGGAUUCACACCUUGAUGGAAGAACAGGGCCUCAGUCCUAUGUAGAAGCCCUCCCUACCAUUCAAGGCUACUAUCGCCAGUAUCGCCAGGAGCCCGUCAGCUUUGGGAACAUCGGCUUUGGAACCCCCUACUACUACGUGGGCUGGUAUGAGUGUGGGGUCUCCAUCCCUGGAAAGUGGUAAUCACAGGACCAUCAUGCUGCAAGCUUGCCCUGCCCAGCCUCACCAACUAAGUCGCACUAGGGGCUGUGAGCAGACAGCCAGCGUGCUCAGUCCUGCUGCCCCAGGUGCCAGGAAGGCCACAGAUGGACACUGGCCAUUCUGGUCAUCUCAGUCUGGAACUCAGUCCCACUUCUUGGCCUGGACAAUGAACAGGAUUCAGUUUUGCUGUUAACUUUGCUUCUCCACUUUUUUUUUUGUUUGUAAUAGCACAUCACAGAGACAUCAGAAACCAGCAGCUGAUUCAGUAUGAUUUCCAGACUUUUUAGGCAUGAAAUUCGGAUACUUCAGUAUUUCCAGGAACAGCAUAUGCAUGCUGUUCUUGCUUCAUGGAAUGCUACAUGCUUUCAGUUUUUGUCAUUUUGGAUUUCUCCAAAACUAGCUGAAUUUAAGCUUCAGGUCCCUUUGUAUGCAGUAGAACCGAAUUACUAAAAACACUGCCAAAGAAAAUAAAUAUAUCCUACUUGAGAUUUACUCUAUGGACUCACCCACUGCUAGACUAAAUGUAUCAAAUCUUAUUUGUAAAUUCUCAAUUUUGAUAUAUAUAUGUAUAUAUGCAUAUACAUAUCCACACUUGUCUGCAAGAAUAUUGAUUAAAAUUGCUAAAUUUGUACUUGUUCACCAGA